AUGACUGAAGCUCAGCACUUCUGCCCACCUGAGCGUCGAAACUCGGUACAGCUUUCGCCUUCACCAAACGAAACAUGCGGACACGCCUCGAAGCAAACGAAGCGAACGAAGCGUAACCACCAUGGUGAACCUCGCUUUCCACCACCAGCUUUCUGGGACAAUUUAUCAAGUGUCCAUUUGACAAAGCGUGCCUUGGAAGAGCUAGAUCGAAGAAACACUCAGGUGGCAGCAAAGUCUCGUCCACUAUCCGGAGCACUAUGUGGUUUUCAGCCUAGAGUCACUCGUCUUCAACUUCAGAAAAGAACUACAAUUCCUUCCGUUACCGAUUUGCUUCGUCAUUGCGAGCCAGACCGCCUCAGAGAAUUGAAAAAGUUUGCAAGAGCCGGCGGACCAGACCUAUCAGACAUCAGAGGCUUUCCAGAACCCAUUGACCCUCUGACUUACUCGAUGAAGUCAAGUCGGUCCCGACCGCCCCGACCGCGUGGCCGGGUUAGGUUCAAGUCCGUAUCGACCACUCAAUCCUCCCGCACCAAGCAUACCAAAAGCACCGGGCCGUAUGACCGCAAUUUUCAGCAGUUUCUCAUCGAUGGAGAAGUCUAUCCCCCUAUGUACCAGUUUCCAGAUGGCAGAGUACCAGAAAAACCCGACAACUGGGAAGAAAUCCACCGACGAUUGCACCUGCCACGACGUUCCCUUUCAGCAUCAAACUUCUCGGACAAAGAACAUGAAGAUUUUGUACGGAUGGAUGCAAAUGCUGCUAAGGAGAAGCAAGUGACCGAUUCGGUAAUACCCAUCAUUCGGGGAAAGAUUGGCGACAGUAAAUGCGUGUCGGGGGGUAUCCCAUUCUUGAACCUGGAUCCCCUCCUGGACAUGGCAAUCAGCCCUGGAAAUCCAGACAUUUACUACGGAGCGCGUCCAGAGCAGCUGGACCGACGCGUCCGGGAUGCACUAGGCAAGUCUAUCAUCCCAUCGACACAGGAUGACCUCCCCAUCGUGCCGAAUUUCUUUCUUGCCGUGAAAGGACCAAAUGGAACUUUGUCGGUUGCGACCAGGCAGGCUACCUACGAUGGGGCUUUGGGAGAGAGAGGUAUACUCAGCCUACAGUCCUUUGGACAUGAAGAGCUAGUCUUUGACAAUCACGCUCAUACCAUGUCGUGCCUCUAUUCCAGCGGGGUGCUUCAGAUAUUCACCAUUCACUGUACUCCACCAACCAGUCCUGAUGGUCGGCCCUCAUAUCUUAUGCAUCGACUGAGAUCGGUUGCGCUGAAUGACACACCUGGAGCAUUCCGAGAUGGAGCCACUGUCUACAGAAAUGCUCUGGAUUGGGCCAAAGAACAAAGAGAUGAGGCCAUCAUGCACGCGAACGAGAGGGCAAAUGACAGUCAAAAUACAAUACUUGCGGUCGAGACGAGCUUGGAGGAAGUGCAUAGCCUCACAUCCGAGCCUGUAUUGGAUCAAGCCGAUGUAACUGAACCUCUCGAUCAGGAACCCCGAAUCUCUUCGAGCAACAAGAAUGAUACAACGAUCAAUUCUCACGACUCUGCAAUCCUAUCAGAUAGGCCUUCUUUGAGCAAACAGCCUGGCAAACGGUUAAGAAGACAUUCUCUACAAAUUUCCCCGCCCCGGAGAAAGCGGCAGAAUGCCAGAGGCUUUGAUGACGAUGGACCAAACCAAUGA